UUCUUAACCUCAAAAAAAAACUAAGUAUAUAUUAUGGCUUAAAUAUAGGUUAAAUGCCUUCAAAAUCCACCAGAAAAUCCUUUGAUACGCCUAGAAAACGGCCUUAUACUGUAUUUCCCCCGAAAACCCCGUUUAAAAAUGACUUUUGGAGCAUCAGUAUUCAGGAAUGCUGCGCAUAUCUUCAUACGUGCCAUAAAACAGGAUUAUCAAGCAAGGAAGAUAUUAUAUAUCGUAGAUCUAUCUAUGGGAGUAAUUUCCUGGGGCCAGAGAACAUAGGAUUUUCUUUUUUCCUGUUUUUAAAGCAGUUAUUGAGCAGUUUUCUGAUGAUAUUGUUAUUUGGCAGUGCAGUAAUAAGUAUAUUUAUAGGAAAUAUCAGUGAUGCUCUGAGUAUUAUUGUGGCUAUUAUAAUGGUUGUUUCAGUGGGAUUUAUACAGGAAUAUCGAUCAGAAAAGUCAUUAAAAGAGUUAAAUAAGAUGAUACCGCAUUAUUGCCAUGUAAUUAGGAAUGGGCAGGAGCAAUAUGUAGAAGCGAUUGAUCUUGUUCCGGGUGAUUUGAUUAGAUUUUCUAUGGGGGACCGUAUUCCAGCAGAUUUGAGAAUAUCAGAAGCAAUUGAUCUUGGAAUAGAUGAAUCGAACUUGACAGGAGAGACAAAUAUUGUUUAUAAGAACGGGGAUGCUAUUUCUAAGAGUCUCUAUGAUAUUCCUAUAACAGAACGUAAAUGUAUUGCAUUUAUGGGAACAUUUGUAAGACAUGGUAAUGGUUUAGGUAUCGUAAUUAGAACGGGGAAAGAUACAGAGUUUGGAGCGGUUAUUUUAGAUAUGCAACAUAUAAAGUCACCGCAAACACCAUUACAAAAAUCAAUGGAUCAUCUUGGAAAACAGCUCUCUAUGUUUUCUUUAAUUAUUAUACUGAUAAUAUAUUUGAUUGGGUUAAUACAAGGAAGAUCAUGGCUAGAAAUGUCUACAAUUUCUAUAUCUUUGGCAGUUGCUGCUAUUCCUGAAGGACUUCCUAUCAUUUUAAGCAUUACAUUAGCUUUAGGAGUUCAUCGUAUGUCAAAUAAAAAAGUAAUUGUUAAGAAUUUACCGAGUGUUGAAACAUUAGCAAGUGUUAAUGUUAUAUGUUGCGAUAAAACAGGAACAUUAACUGAAAAUCAUAUGACUGUACAAAAGAUAUUUACUUUAGGUAGAAAUGGACUUAUUGAUCUUUCAUCUAACUUUAAAAAAUCAUUGUUUAUGGAGGAUAAGACUCUAAACUGUCUUUUGAAUAUUGCUAAUCUAUGUAAUAACGCUCAAAAACUUAACAAUGAAAAAUUCGUUGGGCAAUCUGUUGACGUUGCAAUUAUGGAAUUGAUUGAAAAAUAUGGCUAUCCUGAUAAUCGCAAGAUUUAUACACGACUCCAGGAAAUUCCAUUCUCUUCAGAUAGAAAAUGGAUGUCUGUAACAGCAUAUCCAUCUUCUAUGACUCCUUCUUCAAGUGUUGUGUAUGCAAAGGGUUCGUUUGAAGAAAUAUGUAUGAAAUCAGUUUCAAUCUUAGAAAAAGAUGCAGUAGAGAUACCACUAACGAAAGAUAUUAUUGAUAAAAUUGACAAAGUUGCUUCCGAAAUGGCUUAUGAAGGAUUGAAAGUUAUAGCUUUAGCUAGUUUAUUUGGUUCAUCUAUAGAUGAUAAGGGUUUUACUAUAGCAGGUCUUAUUGGAUUAAUCGAUCCACUUAGAAAGAAUGUUAGGAAAUCUAUUCAACAUUUAAUUCGGAAUUCUAUUAGAAUUGUUAUGAUAACAGGGGAUUCGGAAGCUGCUGCUCUAUCUACUGCUUUUAAACUUGGCAUUCCGGUUCAAUAUUUAAGAUCGUAUUAUAUUAAUGAAAAUUCUAAGGAUUUUAUGACUAUAAUAUCUGGAAAUAAUCUUGAAAAAAUGACAACUAAAGAACUUUCUGAAGUUUUAACUAAUAUUAAUAUAUUUUCUCGAGUUACUCCCAGACAGAAAAUGAAAAUAAUAGAGGCAUUUCAGAUAAGAGGAGAUAUAGUUGCUAUGAUAGGUGAUGGUGUUAAUGAUGCUCCUGCUUUAAAACUUGCUGAUAUCGGUAUUGCUAUGGGAAAGCAUGGUACAGAUGUUGCAAGAGAAGCUGCAGACAUGAUAUUGACUGAUGACUCAUUUUCAACUAUUUUAGAUGCAAUUGAUGAAGGCAAGGGUAUUUAUUAUAAUAUUAGCAACUUUAUAGCUUUUCAAUUAUCAACAUGUAUCGCUUCGCUAUCUUUAAUUGCUAUUUCAACAAUUUUUGGUCUUGGAAAUCCUUUAACUGCUACACAACUUUUGUGGAUAAAUAUUCUUAUGGAUGGUCCACCAGCGCAAAGUCUUGGCUGUGAAUCUAUUAAUUCUAGUAUUAUUCCAGAUUGUCCUCGUGAUAAAAAUAUUCCUCUCUUAACAAAAUACCUUCUUAAAAAAAUUAUUAUUUCUUCAUUUCUUAUUAUUUUUGGGACUAUUUUAAUAUAUAUUUCACAAGCAGGCAAAAAUACUAAGCGCAGAUCUAUUACUAUGACUUUUACUUGUUUUGUAUUUUUUGAUCUCUUUAAUGCAUUAACAUGUCGUUCUAAUAUAAAGUCUAUUUUUAAUAUAGGCUUUUUUUCAAAUAGCACUUUUAAUUUAGCAAUUUUAGGGUCUUUUUUGGGGCAAAUAUCUGUUAUUUAUCUACCAUUUUUUCAAAAAGUAUUUUAUACUGAAGCUUUAAGUUUCUUUGAUCUUUUAUUUUUAAUAGUUGUUGCGAGUACUGUAUUUUGGAUAGAUGAGAUAAGGAAAUUUAGAACACGUAAAAAUAUACAUAAAGAGCUAAUUUUAUUCAUAUAAUAUACUAUUUCUAUAAUUAAAAAGUACAAUUAUAUCAUAUGUUAAU